AUGGAACCAGAAGCGACUGACAACGGGUCUUACGCCGUUAGUGACUCACAUCCCUGCUACAAAUCAGACAAUACAACGUACUCAUUCACCAGCAACCCUUCCAUAUUAUGUGUUUCAUUAUAUGUUUUCCUUGGCAUAUUAUCAGCCGUCACAAUAUGUGGAAACCUUCUUGUAAUAAUCUCCGUUUCUUACUUCAAACAGCUUCACGUCCCUACUAACUUCCUCAUUCUGUCACUGGCUGUUGCUGAUCUGCUUGUCGGAGUUGUGGUCUUCCCUUUCAGCAUGGUUUUCACUGUGACCUCGUGUUGGCAUCAUGAGGGUUUGUUCUGUAAAGUAAGAGGAGGCUUUGAUGUGACACUGAGCACAGCUUCUAUUUUGCACCUGUGCUGUAUUUCUAUUGACAGAUACUACGCUGUAUGUCAGCCCCUCUUUUACAAAAGUAAAGUAAAUGAUCAUGUUACUUGGACGAUGAUCCUGAUGAGCUGGGCCGUGGCUGCUCUAAUUGGCAUUAGCAUUAUAGUUGCAGGUUUUAAUCAAGGAAAAUGUGAAGAAAGUUGCUUAAUCGAUGCUCUUAUAUCAACUACUCUGGCGUGUAUUUUUUCUUUUUAUGCUCCUGUCAUUAUAAUGCUCAGUAUCUACCUAAAAAUCUUCCUUGUUGCAAAAAGACAGGUAAUCAGUAUUCAGAACACAACCGGUCUGACCAAAAAGUCUGGAACAAAUGUGAGUAUGAGGGAGAGAAAGGCCACCAAAACUCUGGCUAUUGUUUUGGGAGUUUUUCUCUUAUGUUGGGCUCCAUAUUUUCUUUGUAUCAUUCUUCAACCUCUAACGUACAAUGUGACACCAAUUGCUGUGAUUGAAACUCUUAACUGGCUUACACUUUCCAAUUCGAUGCUCAAUCCAUUUAUUUAUGCUUUCUUUUACAGCUGGUUCAGAUCAGCUUUCAAAAUGAUAAUUUCUGGAAAAGUAUUUCAGGGUAAUUUAGCAAAUUCCAAACUCCUGUGA